CACUACCCCAUACCUGACUAAUGCACCAAGCAAUAGGAAGCAAACGCCCAAGUGCCGGGUUUCAAGCCCUCCCCCAAGUAUUGGUCGCCUUUACGGAAUGUAUGGGGCUCCCCUAUCUACCCACUGGGCGGAUUUAUACUUUCAUCCUACUGAAACGCCCAGCGCACCCUUGUCCUCGACGCUUUCAGUAUUAAGAUCUGUCGAUCGGUAUGCCCUUGCCCGUCCGUUGAUGCCGCAAAAAGUCUGCCAUGUAUCCAUUAAUAUUCUUGACUUGAUCCUUUCAAUCUUCCUGCCCAGUUGUGAUCGGUAAAAAUGACUGUCGAGAGCCUUCUCGAACAAUAUCAGGGACAGAUUGUCCCAAAGGCGUACAAUGCGGGCUACCUCGCGCUUAGCUACCUCAUCAGCUUGGUGGGGGCUGCUUCGACUCUCGAAUUGAUCAAUCGACGAUCAUGGUUUAACGGUAUUUCGAAUCAUCUGAUACUCUGUUCCUCUGCAAUCACCAUGGGCGGUAUAGCUAUUUGGUGCAUGCAUUUUAUUGGAAACAUAGCACUCACCCUUGCUGAAGGCGAGGCAGAGAUGCAGAUUGUAUACUCUAGUGGCACUACAGUACUCUCUUUCUGCAUGCCUGUUCUUGUCCUACUCGCCGCCUUUUACGCGAUAGGAAUCUCGAAUCGAAUCGCGUGGUGGAGAGUGAUAACUGCCGGCAUUCUUUGCGGUUGUGCCAUCUGCGGUAUGCACUAUUUGGGUAAUGCUUCCAUCAAGAACUAUCAGUGCAUAUACGAACCGGCAUAUAUCGUGGGGGCUGCUAUUAUUGCUGUUGCUGCCAGUACUGUGGCGUUGGCUAUGUUCUUCAUCUUCCAGUCGCUCUCGGCGAGUAGUUGGUGGAAGCGAACCAUUUCUGCUAUUAUCCUCGCCGGAGCGGUGUCCAGUAUGCACUGGUGUGCCUCUGUUGGUACCCAGUAUAGACUGCUUCAACUGAGGAAAUUGGAACGAGGAUCACGCACUGCGACUGCUGUCGCAGUUAUUUGUUUAUCUUUCAGUGCCUGCAUCAUCAUUGCUGGAUCAGCUAUUCUUCGAGCCCGCACUUUAAGAGACGCAGCGCUUCGUGCUCAGCAGAUUGAGCUAGCUGCUAUUGUCUUUGAUAAAGAUGGAUGCCUCCUUGUCGACUCCAACGGAGUUUUUCCCAACACUGUUGUCACUGAUUUCUUUAUUGGAGAGAACACCGAGGAAAAGUUCAACACUGCCCAUCCACAGUUUCACUGGAUGUUUCAGGCUUCGCGGAAUUGGACUGGCAUCUCGGGACUAAUAAACGGCAUGAAACAACAUCUAGGACAGCUGCCGCACAAAAGUCGCCAUAAAGAUCUGACGAAGGGGAUUCAGCUUAUCGACGACGACGGAGAGCUCAUCGAGGGAUAUCAAGUCAUUUUCCGCGAGUUAUUCUGCGUGGCCGCCUCUAAGCUCAGCGAUCGCCUCGAUGAGUCUAUCACAACGAUGGGUGUUCUAUGGGAUGAGAUCAUUCCCAAAAGAUCAGUCGCAAACCCUGCUUACCUACAAGCACUUGAAAAGAACAGAGACAACCAAACUGUCGACACGAGCGAGACACUACGUAAGGGAUCGACGACGGGAGAAAGCCACCUCGAGAAGGGCGUCGGACUUGAGCUUGAGAAUGAAAUGGACGGACGAGGAGCACUGAUGUUUUUAGUUCGUCGCCUUACCUCGGAAGACGAGGUAAAAAGACUCGAGUUGGCUGGAUACCGAUUCGUCGAUCCUGUUCAAGUAUGCAACGAUGCGAGGAACCACUUGCAGAUGCAGAUCCAUUCUACCGACUUCGAAUUAAAGCUUCGCGACAUGAAGACCUUUAUUUCCCAGCAAGGUCGAAUCAAGCCUGGAGUUCACCUUGGCCUGUUUGCAAUUCAGGAUCGAGGGCUUAAUAAUCACCAGGUCCUGGUACAAAAGGAUGCCCGUGAUUUGUUUCCCUUAAUACCUCUACCUACCAACACCAUCGACGAAACGCAAAUUCGAAUUGUACAAGGACUUGGUGGGUUGCCGGUUCCAGAGGUCAUCCAACGACUGAGGACCACAGGUGCAUCUUCGAGGACUCCUGAGGAAGAAUUGUUCGCCUAUCAUCUUUCCAAUGCCAUUCACGCACUACGUGAGUGGGUGCAGGAGCCUCUGUUUCAUGAUGCCGUGCUCAGCCCUACCAUUCUACGACUUCCUUACGGAAUUGAUGGGGGUGACGCGGACGAAACUGUGAUAAUGGCAUUGAGGCUCAAGAUAUCUCAUCCCGUCUUCUCGUCCGGUCAUAACUGUCAAUGGGUUCCUCUCAACUUCUUCGGGAUGCGACAGGUCUUGGAACAGUCUCGACAGGAGUUUGUACGGGUUCUUCAUCAGGAGUUUGAUCCUUCGACAUUGCCCGCAAGUAGGGCUAAUAAUGAGCUCACUUCUGGACCUUUAUCAACCCUCCGCCGACUAAAAGGUUCCGAAGCAUCGGCCAAUAAGGGAAAGAAACCUCGGGUGCCAAUAAUGAGACUAAGAGCUUCCUCAAAGGAUUCUACACGCUCAUCCUCAACGAUCAACUUGUGUCCAUCAGGAGAUAGCGAAGCUCACAAUGAGCGCCUUCCAUCGACAGACACAGUGGACAUUUACCCUCCUGAACGUCAUUAUACCUCACAUCAGCAGUCAUUCCUAAACGGUGGCAUUGUUGUAUUCCAAGAAGUAACCGUUCAAGUCGAAAAGAAGAAGUCUGAGCCUAGAAGUGACUUGGAACUAUCAUGGAGUCAUGACACGGUGACCGAGCCACCUCGUGCGCAUCAAAGACACCACAAAAAGAAUGAAAUGCCAGUUAUACAAAGCAUUGAACUGCAGCCAUCGGGGAGGGGGACAACAGAGGUUUCUGUUGAGUCUCGUUGGCUACACAGCAUUGGCCAAGCAGAUAAUAGCAUGACGACAAUGGCCUCCUUUAUAGAUACAUUGAUUAUAGAGUCUAGUCACUCUACUACAUAGCUAAACUUAUACUAUCUUUAUAUUCAAGCCAUUUAUCAUUCAUUUAAUAAAGC